GCUCCACGCCUCCCAACGCGACCUCAGCGCAUGCGCUGUGCGACCUGGCGAUUUAAAAGGCGGUAGAGGGAGCGCCCGCUCUGUCCCGGAGUCCGCGCGUCCCGGGCAAAAAGGAGCUGCGUGUCAGGAAGGGACCUGCCGGCGGCGGCGGCUGCGGCGGCGCCACUUCUUCAGAAUAUGAAGGGGGGAAAAUCCAGACUAUUAAACUUCCUGUCCUCAGUCCAGACUCUCUGUUGAUUUUCACCAGUAGCCAACACAGUAGAAAUGUUCCGUGCCAGAUACAAGAUGGCUCCCCACUUUUUGCUGCUGAGCUGCAAACAAGGACAUAGGACUCUGAUUGCUUGCUGUGGAUCAUCUUGAGGAGAAUGUCGUGGACGUGGAACAAUUGUCUGAUGCUGAAGUACAAGGGCGGCAUGGCUCAGAGGCCCUUGGUCAGCACGCUGUUCCAGAACCGCAGGAUGCAACUCUUGUUAGUCAACUCCCUAACAUUUGGUUUGGAAGUCUGUCUGGCUGCGGGCAUCACCUAUGUGCCACCUCUGCUGCUGGAAGUGGGUGUGGAAGAAAAGUUCAUGACAAUGGUUUUGGGGAUUGGGCCAGUCCUAGGCCUGGUGUUUGUGCCCCUCAUUGGCUCCGCCAGCGAUCACUGGCAUAGCAGUUAUGGUCGACGGCGGCCUUUCAUCUGGGUCCUGUGUCUGGGAGUUCUCCUGAGCCUUCUGAUCAUCCCUCAUGCUCAUCGUCUGGCCAGCCUGAUUGCCUUGGAUACCCGCUCCCUGGAGUUAACCUUCCUCAUUAUGGGCAUUGGCCUCCUUGACUUCUGUGGCCAGGUCUGCUUCACCCCACUGGAGGCCCUUCUCUCAGACCUUUUCCAGGAGCCUGACAACUGUCGGCAGGCUUUCUCAGUCUACUCCUUCAUGGUUAGCCUGGGAGGCUGCAUUGGGUACCUCCUCCCAGCAAUUGACUGGGACAGCAGCUUCUUGGCUCCUUACCUGGGAGGACAGGAGGAAUGCCUCUUCAGCCUCCUCACCAUCAUCUUUCUUGGUUGCGUCUUGGCCACUGCCUUUGUGACAGAGGAGGUGGCCGCUCAGGUAGAAGUGCUGGCCGGCUCUGCAAUGAAGGAUUCCUCCAAGUCCCCACCCCUUAGCUGCUGCUCGUUCUGGCUUCCACAGAGCUUUUUGAGGACUAGGCAUCUGGUCCAGGCUUUUAGGAACCUUUGUGCCUUGGCUCCACGCCUUCAUGGAGUCUGUUGCCGCAUCCCUAAAGUAAUCCGACGACUUUUUGUGGCUGAACUAUGCAGCUGGAUGGGCCUCAUGACGUUCAUGCUGUUCUACACAGACUUUGUUGGGGAAGGUCUGUAUCAGGGAGUUCCCAGAGCUGAACCUGGCACAGAAGCCAGACGGCAUUAUGAUGAAGGAAUUCGUAUGGGAAGUUUGGGCCUUUUUCUUCAGUGCAUCAUCUCCAUCUUCUUCUCGACAAUCAUGGACCGGAUGGUGAAACAGUUUGGGACGCGCAUGGUCUACCUAGCCAGCGUGAUUUUAUUUCCACUGACUGCCUUCAUCAUGUGCUUCUCUCAGAGCAUUGUCAUUGUCACUGUUUCUGCUGCCCUGACAGGGUUCCCUUUCUCAGUGCUGCAGAUCCUGCCAUACACACUGGCAUCUCUUUAUCAUCAUGAAAAACAGAUAUAUUUACCAAAGUAUAAAAGCAAAGAAGAAAGUGCAGCUCAACUAGACAAGAAGCAUGGCUUCCUCAAAAGCCAUAUUUCCGGACAGAAACUGACCUACCAAAAUGGACACAGUGGAAUCCUCUUCUCUCCUCCUGGGGCUGGCUCUUCCCUCUGUGUUGGUUCAGCCUGUGAGGUUCCUCUCAUGAUGAUGGUGGGAGACUCAGAUACCACAUCUGCAAGCCGCGGCAUCUGUUCAGACCUGGCCAUUCUGGAUAGUGCAUUUCUUCUUUCACAGGUUAUCCCAUCCCUCCUCAUGGGUUCGCUUGUUCAGUUCACACAGUCUGUUACUGCAUAUAUGGCAUCUGCUACUGGGUUUGGGUUGGUGGCCAUUUACUUUGCAACCAAAGUUACCUUUGACAAAAGUGAUAUGGCCAAGUAUUCACUGUAGGAGAGGAAAGGCUUGGGAGCAAAAUCUGCAUGUAUUGAAGCAGGUAAUGGAGAGGAACAGAUUGUGCAUGCACUGCCUGUUUCUCCCUCCCAAGUUGUAAUCAGAGAUACAAAAAAACUCUGGUUGAAGGAAAAGUGAAUGCUGGUCUGAUCUCAGGGUAUCUAAUGAAAGGGAGUGUGGUAUAAUGCUGUCUCUUUCUCCAUAAUGCCUUCCCCAAAGUGCCUCUGCAGAGAGAAGCCUAUAAAAGCAGCUUACAGAUCUGGAAAGUAAAGGGCCAUCCUUUAGUGUAACAGGAUUGGGACCAUUUCAACAACUUUAUCAGACUGGGUGGGAGCCACAAUGAGUGGAAGCCACAGUGCAGAGGGACCAAAGAUGGCUCAAAGUUGCCAUUAGCCUCAGUUCUUGUACAGUUUAAAACACCGCUGCUGAUGCAGGUCAUCAUCCUCAUGUCAUAUAAAUUUACCUGCCUUGGCGUGAGCCAAGAAAUAUGUGGGAAGAAGAUUGUAAAGCACAUUUAUGUUUCUUAAAGGAAAGCAGGAAUAAACCAUUGCCUUCAUCUAUUCCAGAUGGGCUCAAGAUCAAGAUGGUGUUAUCUGAGCUAAACUUUGUAGGAGUAGGGUGGGGGCUUGUUUAACAGAGGAUGCUGUGGUUGGACUGGCAGAGGCUCUGCAGUAGCUUGACAGAAAUGAAAAUCUUGGUCAUCAUCUGAUACUUCACCACCACCACCUAUGUGCUAAAACAGAGCUUGCACUGAAUGGAAGCAGAAAAGUUCAUGUAAACAUUGGCCAAAGAACAUACCCCUCUGGAGAUUUCAGUUUCAGUGAUGGACUAGCAGAAAUAAAUCACAGUGGCUUCUACUGUGUGCAGUCCUAAAAAGAAGGCUUAGUAUGUCAACGGAGUUUUUAAAAAAAUAUGCUUGUGUCUUUGCCACCUUUCCUGCUAAGGAGGUGAUGUGGCCAACCUGCCUGUGCUAAAGGGCGCUAUAGAAAAAUCAGCCACAAAGCAGGCAUGGAGUUGAAUUUUUCCAGUGUGUGAUCCAGCCAUUCUGCCACCCAGGCUGAGCAGAAGCAUUCACUUUGCCAAGAAAGCUUUGCAGAGCAAACGGCUCUCUUCUAAACCUAUGUAUAAUUUUUCCUUCCUUUUCUCCUACAAAGCAGUUUUCUGUGUGCUAUAUAGCUUGCAGCUAUUCACGCAGUGCUGUGCAAUGCAGCUAUUUCUAGGAGCAUAGCACCGUGAACAUGCAAAACAGAAAGAGUACAAGAUGCAUAGAAUAGACUGCCUGAAAGGGCACUGGAAGGCCAAGCCCAAAUCUGUUUACCAAACGUAAGCUCCUAUGUAUUUUUUUCUGUUCCACAAGUUAGAACUGGAAAUAUUAUUCUUUGGAAGUAACUAGCUUAGGGCCAAUUUAGAAAUGUUCUUAAUGAUACAUAAAUAGCAGCCAUGAAGAAACUUAAACAGUUUCAGGACUGGUGGAACUGCGAGAAAUGUUGUCUUUCCUCCAUCCCAUUCCAUCAUACGACCAACGAAGGUUGUGCAAGAAGCUAUUUGUACGUAUUUUAAAGUUUUUUCUCCAAUACUUUUUGCAUUGUUGCCAAUAGAGCAAAGGUGGAUAAUGCUUUAUGGUGUCUUGGACUAUAGCUCCGAGAGGCUACUGGGAAAUGAAGUCCAAAGCAAUUGAGAGGCAGAAGGUUCCCUACCUGCUUUGAAAUGCAGAUAGCUGUUUUGAGGCCCUUUAUGUGGGGAAUGUGCAAGGGAUGAAAAACUGAACACUUUCUCUCUCCGCCCCCCACUGUUCUGAGGUUGCUCUGGUUUAUUCAGGGCCAGAUGAACUGUAACUGAGGUGCCUGCAGGAAAAAUAAUUUAAUUUCUAGAGACACAUCCUGCUUUAGCAAAGCCCCCAAAUCUUUAAUUUCAUUGUCAAUUUGUUCCAAAGCAGGACCAAGGCUGCUGCAAAACAAUGACUCCAGACCUCAUCCAAGAGAGAUGGCCCAGAAGGCCACUGCAGUUGACAGAUAGUUUUAAAAGCCACUGGGAGAUCCAAGAAGAUAUAUUUUGUUGCUUAAGGCAAAGCAACAAUGACACUCUCCUUCUACACACACAAGCUGAUGGGACUGGAAGCUGAAUUCUAGUUCAAAGUGGGAAGCUGGGUAGCAGCAUCCCCCAACACGUGAGGGCAGCAGCCUAUUUUUUUGUAAGUGUCAGUAGGUUGUGUGACACAUGGAGCUAUCCUCCAAGAGAGGAGAAAGACUAGGAUGCUCAGGAGUAACAGCUAGAGUGCUGCCAUCAGCAUUUGCUUCCUAAGGUAGAUGCCUUAUUCUGCCAAAUGGUACAGUUGAGCCUAGAUUUGAACACUUUUUGGAGGCUGAGUAGGAAGAUCAAUAAAAGCCUUUUAAAGGCCAUUUUGUUCACUAAGUGUUCCCAUGUGAUUAAAGAUUAAGUUUUUGCCAUGUGUUCACAAUAGCUGGAUAGAUAUACAGUGGCUAUAGCCACUGUAUAUCUAUCCAGAAGGAAUGGAGACCCAGCAGCAGGUGUAGUAGAGGGGCACGCUGAUUUAAUUCCAGUAAACGGAAGCUAACAAGUCUUAGUGCAGUGGUCUCUCCAGUUGCAUGACUGACUGGGAUCACUCUGGUAGCUGGAAAAAGUAACAUUGUAGGCUAGAAAUAGGAGCAAAUUGAUCUGGGAGGAGCAGGGAGGGAGCUUUGAAAACUUCUAGAAACUGAUUAAUUCUCCCAAAAUGAAAGUAUAGGUGUCUGACACCUUUAUUGCACCACUUAAAUAUCACAAACAUAAGCUAACUUCCAACCUGGCAUCGUUCUUCAUUAGGCACGGCACCCCAGAAUUGGGCAUGAUGAAGAAGAAACAUAAAAAAUUCCAAAAAUAUUGGUCAGAUGUAUGUGGCAGGCUCUUUUGUUUAAAUCAAGUUCUGGAACAGAAGCUGCAGAUUUCAGUCAGAGGAGAAAGAACCAACAUGGAAAGUUGGCUGCUGUAAAACAGCCCCUCUGAAUCUAACACCAUCCAAUUAUUGCUAGACUAUAAUUCUCAUAAUCCCUGACCAUGCAUGCUGGCUGGGGCUGAUUGGUGCUAUAGCCCCAAUUCUUUUUUCCACUGUGAAAUCGGAUACAUGGGAUUUUACAAUCCCUUUAGCCCUGUUGCCAGAUUCUGUCUGCUUUCCUUAACAGGUGCAGACAUCAACUGAGACAUGGAACCAGCCGCACCACACUGGCUUUUCUCAUUUCCCACAUUAUGUAUCCGUUGAUUGUAAAUCUUCCAGGAAGCCUAAGGCACUUCCACUCUCAGAACCCAACGUUAUUACUGUGUCAUUGCUGUAGUCAUCUGGAAUGCAAUGAAAUAUGUGGCAAGCCAGUUUGCAGCUAAUCAGGAUGAAGGUUGGGAAGGUGGCAGUCCUCACACACACCACACACGAUAAGCCAACUUCCGUCUCCUCAUUUUUAUUGCUUCUCUCAGGCAUCUAACUCUAGAUAUUAUCUCAACAUUGGCUUGGGUGUGGAGCUGUUAAACUUUGGAAAUCACAGACUCCUCUCCAUUCAUUUUCUUACAUAGCUCUGAGAACCCUCUACCCUCACUUAGAAUCACAGAAUGCUUGCCAGUGGGUGGGGUGCUGCUACAGGUGUGGCUUGCAAUAAAGUGGAAGUUUUCCAGAUGAACUUUUCUUUCCCUCAAAAUACAUGUAGAUGUGAGGGUUUGACAUGGCUCAUCUGGAACUUUCUGCAAAAGAAUGAGCUGACCUUGCUUCAUGAAAAUGCUUAUAUUUAAAAGGGAAGGGCUGUUUUAGGUCAGUGUUUCUCAGGCUUUUGGAGCUGAGGUGGGUGAUUUACAAAGCCUGGUCUCCCCACAAGAAAAGCCCAGGAUAGCUAUUUGUUUCUGGUGUAUGUGUAGUGCUGCUAGGACCCCCUGCCCCCAGCCUGUACAUAGGAAUGUGUAAAAGGCAUGUUUUAAAAUAUUUGUAAGAAGCCAACACCCUCCACUAUCAGUCUGGCAUAGGGAGCAAUCAAGUAGCUCUAGGUUAUCCUUUUCUGAUCUGUUGCCCUCCUCAUGUUCCUGGUGUCAGUUCCUAUAAUCCUUCAACUUUGGCCAUGUUAGCCAUGACCAUCGGAACCUGUAGGCCAAAACAUCUGGAGACCAUCAGAUUGGGAACACUGCUGUUGGAGCCAACUGACAGAUUAGAAGUAACUAACCUUUUCCUCCAGCUGCUACUUUGUAGUUAUGCUUAGGGUGUUGGGCAAAGAGGAGGGACUCUCAGCCAUUGCAAACUGUACCAACCCAACACAACUGAUGUAGAUGUUCAGCAAGCCCUUCAGGGGAUCCUGAUAACACUGUUUGGAACCAUAAGAGGGGGAAAUUAUCAUUCAGAAUCCCAGUACUGUGUGACCAUCAUACUUACGCUAGUUAUGAGCCUUUUCAAAUUUUUGUGAGCUAUGAAAACAUUGAGAAAAUAACAUUUCCAUAACCAAGGUGCUUCUUGUAGUUAUUUCUGUUAAGUUUGAGAUAUAUCGAGACAAAUAUGUGAACCAUUCUGCCUGCUGUUUAUAACUAUACACCACAAUAUACUGUAAUCUUCAAUAUCAAUCCACAAGCACCAUCUAUUUGCAACAUGUAAUGUGGGUAAUAGAAACAUCAGCUGAAAUCCAGUGGUAAUGCAGAAGCAUUGGCUCUUUGAAUCAGUGACAUUUAUAGAGAAGUUGACUCAGAAAACCCCUACUGAUUCAAUGGUCCUGCACUAGUUGACUUACCGUUGGAUUUCAGCCAUUAUGUUUUAUAUUUUUGAGAUGAGCCAGUGAAGAAUGGCAGCCAUGUGUUCAGCCAUUGGGUAAUGGAUCAAAACUCUUCUAAUGCUGUUGCAAUGUCCAAUAUAAAAUUUUGAUGGCAUCUGAAUUUUCUUCACUUUUGUUCUGUUAAACAGUUAUUUGUACUCCUGCACUAUUGAUAUAAAUCCCCCAUUUUCCUAUUUAAAGGGAAUUUACUGAAUGCUAUUUGGGCCAGUGAUUGGUUUGUGCCUAUAUUUCUCAACAAGUGAUUCCUUUGAAUCAUAUUUGCUCUAGGGGGAAAUAUACCUCCCAUAUUGUAUCUUGCAAAACACUGUCUGUAAAUUGUAUGUUUAUUUAUUUACAUGAGUAAAUAUUUUGUACAGUUUAUGUGCAAGGGAUAUUAAAAUCUAUUAAGGAAUGGAAACUUUUAAAA